CUCACACAGAAGAUUUCUGAUGGUCUUUCCUGAGCCUGAACCUCUUCCGUAACCACCUGUAACCGUGAGAAAAUCACCUAAUACACAAGAGCUGUGUGCCUGAGACGACCAUAUCAAGGAAUGUACUCAGUGGCAUCAUACUGAACCAAGGGUAAAAAAAACUGACUGAAACGGAGCGUAAGAGCAGAUUGAACCUGUGGAUUAGUGAUUAUUUGUACACACACUGACAUCAGUACUGUGUGUGGCGAUGUUUAACUAGAGCGUCCACAACUGGAACAGCAGACAAGGAAAAGUAGAAGAAGAAUUUUUUUCUUUUCUUUACUUUUUGAUGUGUUUUUGAGGCGAGUUGUGGGCUGAACCUGGACUCCAGUGGUCUGACAGUGAUCUCAUAUUAUAACAUGUUUACAGCAGUAAAUGAUAACAGCCAUGUAAACACUGGAAACUCAAAAUUUCAAUAAUUAAAAAAAAAUCCCUUUCAAAAAACCCACGUCAGAAUUUGUAGGAGGAGUCAAACCCCUCCUCUUCCUCCUGGUCGCCCUCCUUCAGACCCCAGAGCUGCAUUCAGAUGAAGUUAAAACCCUCAAAUCUCUUCAGCCUCUAAAUUCAGCGAUGAUGUCAAACUAUUCGCCGUUAGCUUAUUGGUCUUCUGCUGUGACGUCCAACAGAUCUGAAACAAGCUUCAGUACUAAGCCGGGCUCCUCAGGGGUCAGGGAGCCUGCGGUCGUUUCAGACACUUUCCUCCAAUCACCAUGCACAUCCCAAGAGGCCCCUCCCUCGCUCCUCCUCACCCCCUGCCUCUGGCUGAAUGAUUCCAGCUGUCAAUCACCGAACCCUGCUUACAUCCCACCUCCAUCUUCUUCAUCCUUGUAUAGUAAUCAUGCUCUGAUUCCAUCCCCCACCCACCUCCUCUCCUCAACACCUGGAUGUAACAGUUACCAUGGCAACCUAUACACACCCUCCUCCCCCUCUUCAGGUGACUGGAUGCUACCUGACAGUCUGUCUUGGGGGCAGGGAUGUGGACCAGAGCAGCGCGAGUGUGUGAGCUGUGGGAUGCAGAGCGCCCCCCUGUGGAGGCGAGACGCUGCAGGUCGACUCCUGUGUAACACCUGCGGCCUCAGACAGGAAGCCAACAACACACCGCUGCUGAGACCGAAGAGACGAGCUUAUGAUGUGUUAUUCCAGAGCAGGAUACAGAGGAAAGGAACUCAGUGUGUCAACUGUCUGACUGAACGCACGACGCUGUGGAGGAGAAACUCUGCAGGAGAAGCCGUCUGCAACGCCUGCGGACUCUACUACAGACUACACCGGGUGAAUCGUCCGCUGGCCUUGAAGAAAGAUGGAAUCCAAACCAGAAAGCGGAAAGUGGUCACUAAGAAUAAGAGGAAAACUGACCAAUCAGACACCAAGCUGCCUAAGAGGGUCAAGCCCAAUGAUGCCACAGCAGCUAACAGCAGCGUUGUCGGGUUUUAGGUGACCUAAUGCCUAAAAAAGAGAAAUUUGUGAGGGUAAAGCUUUUCAGACGUGUCUGCUGUUUUUGCUUCCUGUGUGCCGUCCUCUGUGAUCACCUGUGUUUUUAGAUUUUUGUUAGCUGUAUUUACUGUGGACUUGGUCUCCAGCCCAAUAAAUGACUCACUUUUUGUUAUUUAACACAUCUUAUUUUGCCUCCUACAUUUGGGUCCCCACGCCUCCACUCCCCCCUCCUUCUGACAGCAGCAUUUAUCGACAGCUACCAGGAUAAACUCAUCACUCAUGUGAUCCAGUGCAUAAACAUUAACAGCCUGGGUUUAGUUUCAGCUGCCUCACACACAUAAAACUCAAAGUUUUAGAAAUGGCUUUAAAUCAAACCUGUUCCAGAAAACAGGUUUGAAAAGAAACUCAGUUUAACAUAAAGUCUGAUCAAUUAUUGAUUAAUUAUUAAUAUCUGAUUCAUCCUUAUGUGGGGAAACCCUGAGUUUUUGGGACUUUACAUUAAGCAGUCAAUAUGUGCUUGAAGUGCAGACUUUCAGCUAUAGUUCAGGGGAGAUGGAACAACAAUUUAGCAUGAACUGUUUAGGAAACAUAACAUUUUCCAAGGCUCAAAAAUGUUAUGACAAACACUCUCAUGACCAGGUGAGGCCUGUUCCCUCAACAUUUCUUGACGAAUGAAGCAGAUAUAAUGUCUGAAAAACUUUUAAGCUUGCUUUUAUAAUGUGAUGUGUAAUAAAUAGAGCUUCC